AUGAGAUUCUUCAUGCCUAAUUAAGCAGGAAAAGCUAUUAAUUCUUCAAUAAAAGGAUAUUUAAUUUAGUUUCUUUUCGAAGAUUUACCCCAAAUAAUAAUUCUGAUUAUAUUUCUAAUAAAAUAAGCAAUUAAAAAUGGUGAUCUUAAAUGGAAUAUUAUAAUAACUUUACUGACCUCAUCAUUUGCAGUGAUCACAUCAUUUUAUAAAUUUAUGUCAAUCAGGCCAACUUAUUUACAAUAGGAACACUUUGAUGAAUUAUCAGACAAAAAAAUCUUAUCUAAAGAAGAUGCAGCCCUAAAAGACUUGAGUUAAGAAUAUAAUCAAAUUGAAACAUUUACAAAUUUACUCAAAAAGACGGAAACAGUUUUAAAUGUAAAUGAAUCUGCCAUGCUGCUUUGA